AUGCAGUCCCGACUCACACGAAGUGUCUUUCGAGCGAUCCUCAACAAUGAGCCGCUUUCCUCGCCGCGAUGCCCCCAUAGAUCUCUGCACACUGUCCGGACGUAUCGAUCUCGAAGAGCAACGUCCGGCCCUUCGUAUGUUCAGCGUCGUGGGCUCUUUGCCUUCAACAUCGCACCUCCCAAAGGGCCGCCGCCUGCAACAUUGCCAUCUGAAAUCGGCUUGAAACCGAUGACGGAUCUCCUGAGAUCGUUGACGGAUCAGAGCAGAGGGCCGGGAAAUGAUAUUUUAGCAAAGGCUUUCCAAGACUUCUUUGAAACACGCGCGGGAGAGCCGGGAGUAAUAACGCAUUUCCAGGCGCGUUUGCUCAGCACGACAUGGAAACACUUGCGAGCUCACGAGGAGGAGUUGGAAUCCGAGGACUGGCACAGGGUCUUUUCUACAGAAAGCUUGGAAAACAUGCUCUAUGUUCUAUCGGAAGCUACUUGCCUACCCGAGGCGCGCGAAAUUGUCCGCAAGGUCGCGCGUUACGCGUUCCAUGAGCUUUGCGAAGACCACGGAUCCGGCCGAAACCGAAUCAAUCGAAACACGCUUCUUACUUAUAUAGAUAUACAGGCCCUCAAUGGCAACCCCGAAGAGGCACGACACACUGUUGAGACAUUCUGGUACCGAUUACGCAAGAUUAGUCCUUCGCCGUGGCUCACGGUAAUGAGAGGUUUUGCGAUCGAGAACGAUAGCCGUCAGAUCAGACGGAUUGCCGAAAAAUCCGAUGAAAACGGCCUCACCUUUGAUUCUACCUCACAGGAAGACUUGGUCAAGCUUCUCGUUGGACAAGAUCUCCUCCCCGCAGCUAAAGCAGUCUACGAAUGCCCUUUGUCUAAAGGCCAAGAGCCCAAUUUGUCAACCAAGCUUGCCAUUCUGAAGUAUGCUGUCAUGAACUUCAGUACCGCCGGAUUAGAGCCUCUUUUUGAAUCUCUGGACACUGCCCAUAUUCCGCAGACUAUCGGGAUUAGAUUGCUCUGGGAUGCCUCUCACGGAAAAGAUGCAUCAUAUAUUGCCAAAAAUGUGGAACUGUUAGCGGCAGAAAAUCCUGACGUGAUGAAAUCUCUUACCAUUGCCUGCGUCAAUGAUCUGGUAGAGUAUGCCAACUCCACCAAGAACCCUACGCUGGCAUCGGGUUUCGCGGAUUUGGCUUCCGCAUGGGACCUUAUACCUGACUCCCAGACCCAACUCUUACUGCUGGAGUCACGUAUCCAGGCCGGUGAUGUUGAUCAAGCGUUGCAGUCUCUAGGGGAGCUUGAGGACUUGGACAAUACAGCGCCCGGAAACCUCCACUUGAUGAAUAAGCUCAUCACGAUGCUCUGCUGGUCAGGGCAGGAUGAUGCUAUAUUCGAUCACGUCUCAUCCUUCCUUGACCCGCUAUUCGAGAACAACGUGCGCCUAGAGGCUGGCACGCUCGCCGCAUUGACACACCUGCUAGUUUACCGCCAUGACUGGGGAGGUGUCUCUGAACUGCUUCGCCCCCGGCUGGGCUCUUACGAGUCCGAAGAACGAGCCAAAGUGCGCAAUGCACUAGCAAACUUCAUCCUAGACACCACACAAGAUAGCGACCAAGCCUGGAACGCAUACAACCUCCUCCAACUUGCCUUCCCAGAAACCGGUGUCGCCAAACGUACGGAGAUCAUGACCUCCUUCUACAAGCGCGAACGCAGCGACCUCGCCUUCCUCGUCUUCGGCCACAUGCGCCAAGCCGAAAACUUCUCCCAGCGACCCAAACCAGAUACAUACGCCCGCUGCUUCCAAGGUAUUGCCCGAACCCAAGACGUCAAACACCUCGAACUCGUCCACAACAUGCUCAAACUCGACACCGAAGUCGACCUCAACAUCCGCCUGCUGAACUGGCUCAUGCUCGCGUACGCGGAAUGCGACAAGGCCGAGAAGAGCAUGGCUAUCUUCCGCGAGAUUUUACAGACCGAGGAUGGCCCUUCGCAUCGCACCAUCUCAUUCUUCUUCAAGGUCUGUGAGAAACACGCCACGGGCGCCCAGGAGGCUAUCAAGAUGAUGGAGAAACUCAAAAAGCUCGACGUCUCCGUCGACCGACGACUUUACAUGGCGUACGUUGAGGCCCUUGCAGCACAAUGCGAGUUUGAUCUUGCAACCAAGGCGCUCGAUGCUAUGGCUGAUGUCACGGGGUAUGAGCCGACGCCUACCUCAAUUGGCCUCCUCUACAACGCAAUUCCGUAUCAGUACUGGAAAGACGAAGUGGAGAAAUGGGCGAAAGAGAGGCAUCCCAAUUUCUGGAAACAGCUCGAAGGCCUCGAGCGUACAGAGCACGAGGAAGGGCAAAGGAUCGUAUUACCUGGGACCGAGUGGCUUUCUAGGUUCCUCUGA